GCUCAUUCAAGCGCCGACCACGAACGAAACAACAGCUUCGCAAUGUGCUGCGGCGCCGUUAGGCGGGCAAUGGCCAUCAACGGGAAAGUGUGCCUACCAUAGUGGAAACCCCCUCCCCCCCCCCUCCCCUCAGGAACACGUGUCUGUGCGGUAUCUGUGUGCACCCGUGCUGGGUUAAACUGUGCGGUUAAAGAGAGUGUGGAGUUAAGAUAUUGUACGCCAACCUUCGAUUGCUUCGAUUCUGCUCUCGAGAUUGUCAAUUCGUGUUCGAUACGUAACAACCAUUGAACCCGCACGAAGCAGCAGAACGUCAAGCAGGUUUGCAGAAUUGGUGCCGCGACGACGGUUUGUUUUCGUGCACCCGUUUUCCGUCGUCAGUGUGCCGGAUUGUGUUUGGUUGUUUGUUUGUUUGUUGAACCUGUGCCGCGCGUUGUUUGGUAGUGGUGUGUGGCCCUUUGGGUCUGGGGCGGUGCUAUCCUGUUCGUGGUCUAGAUUCGAAAAUUUGUACCAAAAGAAACCCGCUCACCCAGGACCCCGAGGGACGUCCCAGUUUCGGGUGUGCUACGUGUAAAAAGUUCCGGUACGGUUCAGUGCGGAGUGUGCCGGGAGAAAGCGAGCGGGAGAAAGUGAAAUUUCGCCAUGGUAACGGUGUCGACGGUUCCGAGCCGAACCUUCACCCGGUUUGUGCUGCUGCUGGCACUGCUGUGCCGGGGCGGGCUGGGUCGCGAUCCACCGACCGUCACCAUCCCCGACCAGGGCACGGUGAUGGGCAUGUACAUGAAGAUGUUCCGGACGCAGCGGGUCGUCGCGUACCUGGGCAUCCCGUACGCGCAGGCACCGGUCAACGAGAAGCGCUUCACGCCGCCGGUAGUCGACAAUCUGCCCAGCUGGGAGGGCGUGAAGAAUGCGACCAGCCCGGCGCCGCACUGUUGGCACAUGCCGCGCGACACCCACCGGCGACACAACCAGCUGUUUAUGGAGCUGAUCCGGUCGGGCGACGACGGUGGUGGAGGCGAUGGUGGUGGCGAUCGGCAGUACGACGAGGACUGUCUGUUCCUGAACAUCUACAUACCGGACUCAACGAUGCCAACGGACGGGUACUCGGUGCUGGUUACCUUUCCGACCGGCGACUUUGACGGCGACACGCCCUUCACGUUAAAUCCAUUCCAGAUGGUGUUCAAGCAGAAGAUCAUCGUCGUGACGGUGGCCUACCGGUUGGGCAUCUUCGGGUUCUUCACCAGCAUGGACGGGGAGGCGCCGGGUAACUUCGGCCUGAUGGACCAGUCGGCCGCGCUGCUCUGGAUCAAGCGCAACAUCCGGCUGUUCAACGGGAACGAGGGUUCGGUCACGAUCAUGGGCCACGGUACGGGGGCAGUCUGCGUCGGUCUGCACCUCACGUCCGGCGACUGGACGGACGACAUGUUCCACAAGGCCAUCCUGAUGUCCGGCAGUCUGCUGCUCGACUCGAGCGUCCGCACCGCCAAGCAAUAUGCAUCCUCUUUGGACGAGCUGGCGACCGCCUUCGGGUGCUUCCGUCGGCCGACCACAAAGCUGAUGGAUUGCUUGCGGCGGGUCGACGCGCAGAUCCUGGCCGAGAACUCGCCCCCCAUCGACUGGGGCCCGGUCAUCGACCAGGGCCUGAGCAACACGACCACACCCUUCAUCCCGGACCACCCGAACAUGCUGGUGCAUCAGGGCAAGCUGCGCCGGGUGCCGCUGCUGAUCGGCCACACCGACAUGGAGGAGGUGCUGGAGCUGACGAUGGGCGACAUGCUCGAGCACGGGCUGGGCGCGGAGAUGUUCGACACGCUGCUCGGCGACGUCGUCAUGAGCGAUCUGGCCGAGAUGGAGUUCAACGAGACGCUGUGCGGCGGCAACAUGGACAUCGUGAUGGAGGCGGUCCAGUAUCAGUACAAACCGUACCCGCCGACGACCGAGCCGCUCGCGCUGCGCCGGAAGUACAUCGAGUUUGCAACGGAGCGCAAGUACGUCGCGCCGACGAUCGAGCUGGCGAUGCACAUGAGCCAGCAGGCGGACACGUUCGUGUACCGGUUCGACAUCAAGCCGCGGACGGCCGCCGCACUGAAGGACGUGCCCGAGUGGGUCGGCGUGCCGCACAACUUCGAGCUGAUCUUCCUGUGGGGCCUGCCGUACUGGCUCGCCCUCGCCGACCAGAUGCAGUGGGACAGUGCGGACAAGCGGGUGGCCGACAUCGUGAUGACGCUGUGGGCCAACUUUGCCAAGUUCACCAACCCGACGCAGGUGGGCGUGUACAUCCGGUGGGAGAAGUUCACCGUUACCGAGCCGGGCGUGCUGAUCAUCGACCGGUCGUUCAACAUGAGCGACCACACGACGAUGAGCUUCGAUGCGGUCAAGUUCUGGAACCACUACUACCCGAGCGUCAUCAACUUUGCCGCCCAGUGCUGCAACGCGACGUACAACGGGGCCGAGCGGGGUGCGCCACUGAGUGGCAGCCUUGUGGCCGGGUUGCUGCUAGCCAACCUUAUCCUGUUACAAUCAUUCGUUCACCUGCACUCGCGGACACACUUUGCCUCGCGGACGUAGUAAGGGUACGGGGGGUGGUGCUGGUGCUGCUGCUGCUGCUCCGGCUGCACACUGAAAGAUGGACGGCGUUUUUUUUUAUAAUAAAUCACUCUCCUGUACAUAGCGGAAUUGGGUGGGCGGCUGGGUGGGUGCGUACCAAGAAAGUGUGCCUGCGUACGAGAAUGGGGGUUGCGUUUCGUUUUGUUUGGGUUUAGUUUUUCUAGAUGAAACCGUAGGCAAAUGGCGUAGGCUUUUCCGUUGUUGUCUAGCUAAAAUAUUAUUUACUUUUCCUACAAUCCGAAACUGAAACAAGUUGACAGAAAUAUAUAUGUACAAAUAAAGCAAAGAACUUACAUGUGAUUUAAUUAUUUGGAUCGGUCCGUAUUA